AUGUGUUUCCUUGCUCACAAGAAUAAUAGAUUGGUGAAUGUGUAUUUUGAGCAUGGGGUGUCAUCUCCAUAUUAUUUACAAGAUCAGGAGAAAAAAGUAGACACGGACAAUACAGGAGUAGAUGUUGCAGAAGAAGAAGGUGUUAUGGUCACUCCUAAUGACAAAACGAGGAACCCCAGCAAUCAAUCCCCCCAAAACAAGCCAACACCUGUCAACACCAUUGACAUUCCGAACCCUCCUAUCAAUCCAAUGCCUCCUACUAAUCCAAUACCUCUAAUUAAGCCAGAAUAUCUCAUGAAUCCAAAACCUCUAAGUCAGGAGAAGCUUUUUGUCAAUCCAAAUGAUCAAUCUCAGGCAAAGUCUCCUACUAAUCAAAAACCAAAACCUCCCACUAAUCCAAAGCCAAAGCCUCCUAUUAGUCAAAAGCCAAAACCUCCUACUAAUUUAAAGCCGAAACCUCCUACUAAGCCUAUUCUCCCUAAAAACAUCAGAUUUAAACAUGCUCCUGCUGCUGUGUUUGCUAUUGAGGAUGAUGCAUUUAUUGAGAAAGUCUCAAAUGGAGAUGUGGACCUAUACUUCAUGGGAGGAACAAGGAAUGAUGCAUAUAAUGCAUACGAUCCAGGGACUGACUCAGACGAGGCAAAUUCAUGGCAUUCUAAAGAAGUGAAGACUCCCCCAAAUUCAGAGGAUGAGGGGACAGAUGAGGAGUCUGAAGAUGUUUGUCCUGUGUUUAGAGAAGGUAUAAGGUUUGGAGAACUGCAAUUGGAAGUUGGCAUGAAAUUCAACACAAAAUGA